AUGAGCAGCGAUAUUGGAGACGGGAGCAGCCGAUCGGAGGCCGUAGGUUACUGCGGGUCUCAUGGCGGCUCCCCCUACGACUACAGGGAGCUAUUGUGUCACGCGCUGGUCUUCUACGAAGCGAACCGCUCGGGCUACCUGCCCUCGGACCAGCGCGUCGAGUGGCGCGGCGACUCUGCGCUCAACGAUGGCGCUGACAACGGCGUCAACCUUGAGGGCGGCUACUACGAUGCGGGCGAUUUGGUGAAGUUCGGGUUCCCGCUGGCAUUUUCGGUCACCUUCUUGUCCUGGGGCUACAUCGCCUACGGAGAGGCAUACGUCCAGGCCGGUCAAACUCAGUACCUCGAGAAGACCAUCAAGUGGGCUACCGACUUCAUCUUGAAGGCUCAUACGACCCCGACCACCAUCUGGGCGCAGGUUGGAGACGCUCUUCUGGACCACUCAUUGUGGGGUCCUCCGGAAGAUAUGACCAUGGCGAGGCCUUCGUAUAAGCUCGACCAGGAUGCUCCAGGUAAGCUAGAAAUUUUUAUACUGGCUUUGCUCGCUGAGCUGCUGGGUGGCAAUUACCUCAACAUCCUUCAGUCGAAUAUUGCUGAACUGCGGAAUUUACAGACCACUCCGGGCGGUAUGCACUACUUCCAGCACUGGGGGUCGCUCAGAUACGCGCUCAACCACGGCUUUAUCGCAUUCAGGGCUGCUGAUCUCGGCCUCGACACUGCGGCCAACAACGAGUUUGGCGAGCGUCAGAUUAACUACGCAUUAGGCUCGAACCCCCGAAGCAGCUCCUACGUCGUUGGGGUGGGCAACAACCCGCCGACUCACUGCCAUCACAGAGCUGCCUCGUGCCCAGGCCCAGGUAUCCCAUGCGGUUGGGACUACGGCAAUUCAGCCAACCCUAACCCCCACAUCCUCUACGGUGCUAUCGCUGAAUCAGAAUGA